CUUUCCCGCCGUUUUAGAACAACCUAUUGUGAAACUUAUGAUCAUAUUUGUAAACUUUCAAUAAUCCUUAAUUUUCCAGCAUCAAAAUGCCUACUAGAGACUACGCAGAAGAGAAAAAUAAGAUAACAACUUUCUUGAGAGAAUUCUACAAAGACAGUAAAGAUGGAGGAAAAGAUUUUGUAUAUGGUCAACAAUUGACCCAUAUAGCUCAUAGAGAGAAUGUAUCUUUAACAAUUGAUUUGGAUGAUUUAACAGAACAUGAUCCUGAUCUAGCUGAAGCUGUAGUAGAAAACGCUCAGAGAUAUGUCAGAUUAUUUGCUGAUUCUGUAUCUGAUAUUUUACCUGAUUAUAAAGAGAGAGAGGUGGCGUAUAAAGACUCGUUAGAUGUCUAUAUUGAACAUAGAUUAUUGAUGGAACAAAGGAACCAUCCUGAAGGUCAAGAGAUAACUAGAGAUCCUAUGAAUAAAUAUCCUCCAGAGUUAAUGAGAAGAUAUGAAGUAUAUUUCAAGGCACCUAGUAAUCAGAAACAUGUAGCUAUUAGAGAAGUUAAAGCUGUAAAUGUAGGAGAGUUAUGUUGUGUCAAGGGUAUUGUUACUAGAGCUACAGAAGUUAAACCUAUGAUGGUAGUAGCAACCUAUACUUGUGAUACAUGUGGUAAUGAAACUUAUCAACCAAUUGGAUCUCAGUCCUUCAUGCCGUUGAUAAUGUGUCCUAGUCAAGAAUGUACAACUAACAAAUCUGGUGGUAGGUUAUAUUUACAAACUCGAGGUUCCAAAUUUGUCAAGUUUCAAGAAAUCAAAAUACAAGAACAUAGUGAUCAGGUACCAGUAGGUAAUAUACCAAGAAGUAUGACUUUGUUAUGUCGGGGUGAAACUACCCGUUUAGUCCAACCUGGUGACCAUGUCUCUGCUACUGGUAUAUUUUUACCUAUAAUGAAGACAGGAUUUCAGGGAAUUUCACAAGGUUUAUUAUCAGACACUGUACUAGAAUCUCAUAGAUUAAUUAAAAUGAACAAAACAGAAGAUGAUGAAUUAGAAGCAGCAGAAUUAACAGAAGAUGAAUUGAAACAGUUGGCAGAGGAUGAUUUCUAUGAUAAACUAGCUAGUAGUAUAGCACCUGAAAUCUAUGGGCAUGAAGAUGUCAAGAAAGCCUUGUUAUUAUUAUUAGUGGGAGGAGUUGAUAAAUCUCCUAGAGGAAUGAAGAUCAGAGGUAACAUCAACAUCUGUUUAAUGGGAGAUCCUGGUGUAGCUAAAUCACAGUUAUUAUCAUAUAUAGAUAGAUUAGCUCCUAGAAGCCAGUACACUACAGGUAGAGGAUCAUCUGGUGUAGGUUUAACAGCAGCUGUUAUGAAAGAUCCUCUGACUGGUGAGAUGACACUAGAAGGUGGUGCGUUAGUACUAGCUGAUCAGGGUGUCUGUUGUAUUGAUGAAUUUGAUAAGAUGAUGGAUGGUGAUAGAACAGCUAUACAUGAAGUUAUGGAACAACAGACUAUUUCUAUUGCCAAGGCAGGUAUCAUGACAAGUUUAAAUGCUAGAGUGUCUAUAUUAGCUGCAGCAAAUCCUGCCUAUGGUAGAUAUAAUAACAAAAAAACAGUAGAACAGAACAUCCAGUUACCAGCAGCUUUGUUGUCCAGGUUUGAUUUAUUAUGGUUGAUACAAGAUAAACCUAAUAGAGAAAAUGAUUUAAGACUAGCACAACAUAUUACGUAUGUACAUCAACAUAAUGUACACCCACCCUGUCAGUUUGUACCAUUAGAUAUGAAACUAAUGAGACGUUAUAUAGCUCUAUGUAAGAAGAAACAGCCUACUGUACCAGAAGGUUUAGCUGAAUAUAUUACAAGUGCCUAUGUUGAAAUGAGAAAAGAAGCUAGAAAUAAUAAAGAUAUGACAUUUACUAGUGCUAGAACAUUGUUAGCAGUUUUACGACUUUCCACUGCAUUGGCUAGACUACGACUAGCUGAUGCUGUAGAAAAAGAAGAUGUAAAUGAAGCUAUGAGGUUGAUGGAAAUGUCCAGAGAUACACUCAAUUCACAAACUGAUCUGUCCAAAAGACCUCAGAAUAUUACUGACCAGAUAUUUGCUGUGAUCAGAGAAAUGGCACCAGAUAAGGGAGUAAAAUCAGUGAAAAUUACAGACAUUAUGGAACAGUGUACCUCUAAAGGAUUUAAACCUGAUGCUGUUGAUGAAUGUAUUGAAGAAUAUGAGGAACUCAAUGUCUGGCAGGUCAAUCAAGCCAGAUCUAAACUCACUUUCGUUUGAAAUACUAACUAUACAAACUAAUGGUGCAUAUAAGUGGCUAGCCAUAUUUUUUUUAGUGGUUACUGUGAGUGGCAUUUGGGUUGGCUUAAAAAAAACAAGGGCUGAAAUAUACGUUGCCGACCUUCAGAAGACUUUGUUUGCCUUUAUAUUCUAAGAAGAGACAUGUUUAAAAAUUUGCUUCUAAAGAAAAUAUGAUAGCCAGCCCUCACAGCCACAACGGUUACAGCAAUAGAAUUGUAAAAUUGUCAAAAAGUGCUUCAAAAUACCUUUGAAUAUGUGUAAAAAAAACUUCUUUGAAUCAUGUUUGUUGUAAUAAUCUUUCAUUUUCAUCUGUAGAUAAAUCAUUAAGACGCCACAAUAUUCAUGACUUUCAAAAACACCGACGACCGCAACAGUUUUAUUAUUGCAUUGCUUUUUUAUCCAGCACUUACUUGUCAAAUGGUCUCGUUGAACAAAUAAUUCAAGUAGCAACGAUUCUUGCCUCGAAUUACUGUUGGCACUGCUAUAAAUCGUAUGUCAUUCAUGUCUGAAAGUCGUUGUGUAUAGUUCUCUAAUUUGUAUAUUACUUACAUUUAUAUUUUCAAAUCAUUGUUUAAAUCUAAUUCAAUAAACAAGUAGAAUUUUU